AGCCAAUCCCCUGGGAAGGAGACCGGCCUGGACAGCUUCCGCCCGCAGUGCCCUGCCUGAGCAGGCCCCGAAGAAACGGUGCUUGGGCCGCCGGCGUAUUCUGCGCGGCGCUAGCAGCCUGGAGCGAACGGCGGAGCAAACAUGAACGUUGGAGUCGCCCACAGUGAAGUGAAUCCGAAUACUCGCGUCAUGAACAGCCGGGGGAUGUGGCUGACCUAUGCAUUAGGAGUUGGCCUGCUCCAUAUUGUCUUACUCAGCAUUCCUUUCUUCAGUGUUCCUGUUGCUUGGACCUUAACAAAUAUUAUACAUAAUCUGGGGAUGUAUGUAUUUUUACAUGCAGUGAAAGGAACACCUUUUGAAACUCCUGACCAGGGUAAAGCAAGACUUCUGACUCACUGGGAACAACUGGACUAUGGUGUGCAGUUUACAUCUUCACGGAAAUUUUUCACAAUUUCGCCAAUAAUUCUAUACUUUCUGGCAAGUUUCUAUACGAAGUAUGAUCCAACUCACUUCAUCCUAAACACAGUUUCUCUCCUGAGUGUGCUUAUUCCGAAAAUGCCACAACUACAUGGUGUUCGGAUCUUUGGAAUUAAUAAGUAUUGAAAGAUUUUAAAACUGAACAAAAAUUUUUACAGCUACUAAGUUUCCUGUAAGGAAGGAGUAGUUGGUAAACUGCACUGUUUCUGUGAUAAUGUGAAAUGAGAGGUAUUUGCAUUGGGGAACCAAUUGCUGGUUUUUCAUAAUGCUAUCUUGAAGUGCAGAAGUCUAAAAGAUGCCUCUGUUUAAAGCAUCUGGUACAUUUCUGAAGAGAGGCUUUGUUGGCAAGCUGGGCAGGCCCAGCUUAUAGAUUAAUGGCAGUACAGUGAGGAUGUAGUAGAUAAAUCCAAGGAAAUAUAAGAUUUGUAAGAAUACAGGACCAACUUAACUUAGAGUGAAUGGGCAUUAUGUUACAAAAAGACAAUUUUAAUCAGUCACAGUCUUAAGGAGGCUUACUUGUGAAUGAGAAUUAUCUCUAUACAUGUUUGUUAUAGAUUGUUUCUAUUACCAUAUAUGUUCCUCUUACAUAAGAGGAUUUAUGCCCUUUUGUUUCUAUAAGCCAGUUUCUACCGUACAAGUAUGAUUUUUGGUUUUGCUGGCUAAAUAUUGUGUGUUGGUAGAUAAGGCCAGUUUUGCAUUCGUUACAUUACAGAAUUUGUGAAGGUCCUUUCAUGACUGGGGGUGGAAGAUACCAGGUAUCUUGCAGGCAGCCUCUGAGUCAGCAUCUAAUUUUGGAACAAAGUGGGUUUUACUGGUUUUCUAGAUACAAAGCUGCUAAGCCAAUUAAGAAAAUAAUUUAUUUCAAGCAGUUGAAGUAUAUGGUAGUUUAAAAAGGUCUGCUUAUUAGGUUGAGCAACUUAUUUGGUAAAGCCAUCAUUCUUUAGGAAAGGAAAUAUAAAAUAACCAUAUUGUUACCAAUGGUCGCAGAAAAUGUUUAUCUAGCAGUAGUACCAAAGGAAGUGAUAGUCUUUUUUUUUUCCUUUUUUUUAGCAAGUCUGCAGUAAAAGAUGGCAUUGUCUUUUUUAAUCCUUCCAGCUGUCAAGUUUCAUAGUUUUCCAUUAAUAUUUUGCCUUUAAAUAUUGUUACCAAAUGGUAACUAUUUCCAGAGCAAUGACCACAUUAAAUUUUUGUGACUUAAGGAAGCUUCCUCUGGUUGUUAAUAUUAAUUGCAAGAAAUAACUAUAUACUACUUGGAAAAAUAAACACAUCCAAAAACAUGGUUCUGACAUAGAGUCUGAAAAAUUCCUUAACAUUUAUAAACAAAAUUAAAUGAAAAGAGUUGUGGGUCAAAUUAAGUCAUUUUGUGUCAAUAAACUGUUAUGAAUAGUUAUCAUUGUUUCCUAUUCCAAAAGCAUAGAGCUUAGAAAUCAGUUGUAUGAUACAAAGUUGCCUUGGUACAUUUGUCUUUGCCCAUGUUUUUUUAAAUAAUUGGUAAUCUAUACUUUAAUAAAAUUUUUUUCGGGUGUAAGAUUAUUUCAAAAGUCUUCCCAGUUCAAUCAUCAAAACUAUAUUAACAUGUCUCAACUUUUUUUUAAGAACUGAAUUUGUAAAAUUACAAUAACUAAAAAUAUUCCUCUGUUUUA